CUUGCGGCAUCACCCUGCGCCCGUUCCUCGGCCAAUCAGCGUCGGCAGCGCUGCUUGCGGAUUCACCCUGCGCCGCUAUCUUGCGGUCGGCUCGGCAGUGGGCGGAAACCAAGAGGAGCGAGAUGGGGGUGAAGUUGGAAGUGUUUCGGAUGACCCUUUAUCUAACUUUCCCAGUAGCGAUGUUCUGGGUCUCCAACCAGGCUGAGUGGUUUGAGUACUACGUUGUCCAGCGCAAGAGAGAGCUGUGGCCGCCGGAGAAGGAGGACCAGCGCCGGGAGCUGGAAGAAUUCAAAGAACGGAUCCGGAAGCAGAGAGAGGAGAAGCUCUUCCCUCCCGCCCAGCGGAGCUAAGGCCCCCACGGACCCAAAGAACACACACAUGCUCCCUCA